AUGACCGCUAACCCGUGCAUAUUCUGUUUAGAUGAGCAGAGGUUUCCGCACCGCAUAUCCUGCGGCCAUUCCUUCUGCGCGGAGUGCUUCGAGAAGUAUUUGGAGCUGGGUCGGGACUCGCGAUGUCCGCUCUGCAGACGCGACUUCAGGCCGGAACUCCAGCCUCCUUUUUCCGCCGAUGAUUUUGCAGAGGAAUCUGGACCGGAGACAGAGGCGGACACGCUGGUGCUGACCCUUUCGGAACAGGAGUGCCGGUUCUUUGAGCAGCUCUAUCGGGGACUUUUGGCGAACGGUCGGGAAUUUUUGAGGCAGGAAGGCCCUGUCAACGGCAUGUGA